AGAUUUCCUACGACUUUCGAACUCGCAACCACCAUGGCCGGGAGAACGCACUACGACAUUCCAUUAUUCGACGUUGGAACUGAAGGAGCAGGCUUUCGACUGCAGAAUACGGCGAAUGAGCUCCAACGACCCCAUAUCGAUCAGUACAGGAGCUCAGAUGUCAAGUAUCAGGCCGACAUCUUUGCUGUAAUUCAUGGUACUAUUACUCCAGGCGGACAGCAUGGAUUACUUCUUGUGACCGACUUCAAGUUUACAUCGAUCCCUCAAAAACGCCGAUUUAAGCGAGUGGAAAUCUCGAUAGCUUUUGGACGCGAAAACAAGGCUGUUGGCGGACCAAAUGAGCCAUCAGUGAGGCAGUUUGCGCCCUGUGGUGCCUUCAGCAUGGACGAAACCACACAAAACAGGGUAGACACAGUGGAGGCUAACGUAACAUUGGAGGGUGGGUUUAGCUUGGCAACGCUUGGUAUCGGCAGCAGUUUCCAGCGUGUAACGACCACUGACAUCAAAUCUUAUGCCAUCCUCAAUGGGAUGUCAUGGAUUGAAGGACGGAACGAAGGGGCUAAGAACGCAGUCCACUGGGACAUUACCGAAAACAGGAAGUCGAAGUUUGGCGUACCGUCACACGUACGUACUGCAAUUCUUUUAGAAUUGCCAGAUGAAGCGAGAUUUAGAGCCGAGUUGCAGGUGACUGCAGAUAUUGGAACCUUCCACCAAAAGGUAAAGCGGAAGGUUGGUGCUCGAACUGGAUUGGAUCCUGUCAUUUUUGACCCUUCAGAGGACCAACGCUUCAACAUAGGUCCUACCCUACAUGAUGUCGAUAAGGGUAAUUUGAGCGCCUGCAAUCUCGACGAACUUGGUUCUGCCAAAGUACCUAGUGCUAAGGUAAUUCGAAGCGAUAAGAACACUUAAUCCAAUGAUACUUUAGCUGACGCGGCUUUAACAAAGUAAGACAAUCAUAUGAGACCUGCAUUCAAAUCCGAAUGGGUCGAAAAUUGUCUCAUAUACGCCACUCAGCUUGUGGGCUGCAUGAGGUAUUGGGGUAUAAUUGGAUGAGUUCUAAAUUAUGUAGUAGUUUGAGGCUUAAUAUUCAUAUCACCUAUUUUUCGUUGGCUGUUAUAUUCUGGCAUGUGUACGGUGUACUACCUACUAGGC